UCGAAAACCUCCGAAACGAUAAGGUUGUAUGUCAUGUGGUGUUAAAACAUAGUGAUUAAAUAUUGUUUUUUUUUGUGUGAUUUAUUGUGGUUCACUGUGAGAAUUGUGUGUGGAUUGUUUGUGCAAAUUUGAUGCCAAACGCCGUUUUUAUUGGAUGCAUCUGAGUAAUGCAAUAGCGUAUGGGUGGCGCGCUGCUGGAAGCGGCGGCGCGCGGCGACGCGGGGCGCAUCGCUAGCCUCCUGCGGGCUGGGGCCCCGGUCGACGACACGGACGAGAAUGGCUGCAGUGCGCUGCAAAGAGCCGCCGCGGAUGGGCACGUGGAAGUCGUCAAGUUGCUGCUGGAGCAAGGAGCUGAUCCAAACAAACAAGAUAACCUGCAUGGCAAUACAGCGGCACACGAAGCAGCAUGGAAAGGCUACUCACGUUGCGUCGCACUCCUCGCGCGGUGUUGCGACCUGCGCGUGCGCAACGCGGCUGGUUUCGCGGCGUUACACCUUGCAACACAGAACGGCCAUAAUCAGUCUGCUAGAGAAAUCCUAUUGGCUGGCGCACCGCCUGAUUUGCAAAACAAUUAUGGAGACACCUCACUUCACACGGCAGCGCGCUAUGGUCACGCCGGUGUCACGCGUAUCCUUAUUUCUGCCCAGUGUAGAGUCUCAGAACAAAAUAAGAACGGUGACACCGCUCUACACAUAGCUGCAGCAAUGGGAAGGAGAAAAUUGACUAGAAUAUUACUCGAAGCUGGUUGCGAUAAGUCUCUAAGAAACCACCAAGGUGAAACUGCCAGAGACAUUGCUACCAGAAAAGGAUUAGAUGAAAUAAUCGCUAUACUUAACACUCCAGUAGCGAAACAACCAAAAAAGAAAGAGAGGCACAGAGAUAAAAGUAAAGAACGCGGCAUCGACGAACCGGAUGAUGGCAAGAAGAGAGACAGAAGUAAAGAAAAGAAAAAGAAGAAUGUUCACUUUGAAACUCCUCCUGUUCAGUGGUCCCCUUACGGUUGUCAUUAUUAUCCUGAUCCAAAAUAUUUUCCUAAACCUAAGCUAAGUUCCCUACCCACCGAACCGUUGAAGAAAGGCGAACAGUAUUACUUGGACUUAGCUGGUAAUAUAAAAAAGGGACCAAUUGGAGCAGGCUACACUUGUUAUUGUGCACCAUUCUUUAAGCAUAUGGAAGAUAAACUUAAUGAAGAUAAAAAAGACUUAAAGAAACACAUAGAUCGAGCGCAUGAGAGGCUAGACCAAAAAGUUACGGAUUUGGAAAUGAAGACUCAAGGACAGAUAUCUGAAUUAACACGUUUCGUAGCAGCUGAAAGGGCCAUGUGUAAAGAGAGGCAUAAACAUUUAGAGCAAUGGUUAACCCGAGGCAUGAUGUUCCGAGCAUCAGAAAGAGUAAAGAAAUUAGACUUUAGCCCAAAGGGAUCGAUAGACAUACCACCGAUUAAAAGAACAAGAAGCUUAGAACUCUUAGAUGCAAAUUCAGAAUGGGGCACUGUUAAUAAUCUUAUUAAAAACUUCAACGAAAGCUCAGAAACACAUGAAUGCCUAACCAAAGAUAUGGAUUGUAAAGCCACGUCUAAGAGUACAGAAGAUUUAGAUAGAUCGCCUCGAAGCUCACGAAGGAAGCAUAUUCUAAAGAAUUCUAGAAGCAGCGAUCAUUUAGAUGCUGGACCUAGCAGAUGUUCCCGAUCACCUAUAAGUGUUGCACCUCAUAUGAACUGUGUUACAGACUCGACACAUAAUGUUACAGCCGAAAUACACGUUAAGUCAAAUAAAGUUUCAGUAUCUCAGUCGCCUGUAUCAAAUGAUGGAACGAAUAUGAAUGAGAGAGAGAGAUAUGUUUCGCCCAGUCGACAAGCUCAACCAUUGUCACCAAAUACUAUGAAGUCUCCAAUUAGUCAAAUAGCUGAUGUUGAAACUGAACAUAGAAGUCGGAAUGAGAGUUCUCAAAACGUGCCUGCAUGGAAGAGUCAAGUGCUACAAAGAACUGCAGAUGAUAUACGAAAAAGAGUAAUGUUAGAAAAAGAAAUGGCAGAUGUAUUAAACAGAAAUUCACAAUCCUUAGAUAUAUCACAGGAUGGGUACGUCAGAUUAACUAAGCCUGUUAAUCAACAAGACGGCAUUAUUGAUAGGGAGCCAAGAAAAUCUGUACAAGAAUUAGUAGCGCAGGUAGAACACCAACAAAGGUGUACUUCGCCUGAACGUUUGCCACUAUCGAUAAAAGUACCUGAAAGGGAACCGACAACUCCGACUCAAGCACAACCCUUACAGCCAAUAUUAAAGAUGCCCCAACAACCACAGCGGCCCGCUCCCGUUUUGAAAGAAAAACCACCAAAAUCCAAAAGAUUUAGCCUUCAUAACCUCAUACCGUUCCCAACGAGAAAAGCAUUUCAAAAUCCACCUAAGGAAAAUGGUAACAACUCCGAAAGUAGUGAUGAAGAGGACAAUCCCAUUAGGAGUACUAAUCAACCCGGCCCUAUGCGAAAUACAAAUUUGCUACAAACUUUACCUCUUCCUAAUUAUGAAACGAUGUCCACAAAAUCGCAAUCACCUGCCCCUCAAGUCCAGUCAUACACUCACGACGUACGCAUGAUUCCCAAAGACGCUUACUUCCACGAAAUACCCAACAGACAAGUCCACCAUCAAAUGCCAUAUAGGGACAUGAUUGACAGCGGCCUGCCCAUGCCACAAUAUAAUUGUCAGAAUCAAUUUGAUUAUAACGAACCAGGAUUACCUCAAGCGCAACCACAAAGUCGAAACAGAAACCCAAUAUACCAUCAUCAGACAGGAGUUUUUAACGCAAUGAUGCAGGACCACAUCAUCCGUGAAAUAGAGAGAAUACCUCAUUGCUACAGCGAGCACUUAGAUCAAAAUACGGAAGUGGAAAUUGCAAAUCAAAACGAGCACUUUCGAGGUUACUACGAUAACCGUCCACCAAUGUAUCCCAAUUUCGGAAGAAACCCUCACGGAUUGAGAAAGCCAGACCACAACUUGCUACAUAGCCGACUCCAAUCUCUCGCUAUUAACACGCAUUUAACAGAAACACAAAGCCAAACAGACAGAGAGUCUCAUAAUGAUUCCGGUUAUAGUACAAAAGUUUAUGGCAGUUCGCAGGGGCCAUCGCCAAGUCUUUCUGGACACGUGGAAGAUAAUCUGUCUGGACAAAGAGUUAAUGUUUUAAACGGUAAAGAUGGACAGAUUGGCGCCUCCAGUCUGGUAUAGGAUUAGAUUAAUGACUAUUGUUUAUUGUUGGGAUACAUUUUUGAAGGAAUAUUUAACCGGAUCUGAUUAUUUUUAAGGCAUCAUUAAAGCGACUACGAAUUAAACGAAAUCUGUUAUAAAGUUAUGACAAAUAUUUUCAUUCGAUCUAUUCAUAUGGUGUAUUUGUAAAAUUCCAGCAAAACACAUGUAUCCCACACUUUUUGCGCACUUAAUUAUACUAUGUGAGGAAUGUUCCUUGAUAAGGUUAGCCUCAGAAGGUUUACAUCCUUAAAUUGUGUAUAUGUAGACACAGGACUUAAUAUGUUUUUAUAUGUGUGUUUAAUAAUACCAUUGAGAGGCACUAUUUUUGUAUAAUUUUAAGGGUGCGUUCAUGGCCAAUAUGAAUUGAGGAUUUGAGAAAAA